GGCGGUCACCGUGGCAACGACACGACACACAAACGGUCCGUGACGUGUUUCCACAUCGCUCCUGUUUCCCACUCGUCCGAAGCAAAGACAGACCCUCAUCUGAUCUAGACAAAUAUUUAUGUAUAUAUGUAUAUAUAUUUAUGGAAAAGUACGAGCAGGUUCUGUGUCUGGGCAGGGGAGGAGCUGCAGACGUGUUCCUGAUGAGGCAUGUGGAGCACAAGAGCCUGCACGCAGUGAAGAGGAUCAAAGUGGAGGACACAAGGACAGCGAGAACACAGAGGGCAAUCCUCCAGGAGGCUGACAUCAUCAGGAGGCUGCAGCACCCUCACAUUGUCAAAUGCACGGACGCCUUUGUGAACUCACAGGAUGGGUUCAUUUACAUUGUGAUGAGCUACUGCGACGGGGGCACACUAGAUGACAGAAUCAAAGAGAGGAGACCAGAGGAGUUCUUCACAGAGGACACAGUGAUGGGGUGGUUUGUGCAGGUCGCUAUGGCUGUAAAUUAUAUACACGCUGCUAAGAUACUACACAGGGACAUCAAAACUUCUAAUGUGCUGCUGACAAAGCAAGGCAUGGUGAAGUUAGGGGACUUUGGGAUAUCCAGAGUGAUGACGAACACGGCUGAUAUGGCCUCCACAUGCGUUGGGACACCCAGCUACCUCAGUCCUGAGCUGUGCCGGGACGUCCCAUACAGCUCCAAGUCUGAUAUCUGGGCUCUUGGCUGUCUGCUGUAUGAGAUGUGUUCUCUCAGACCUCCGUUUGCAGCCACAAACCUCCUGAGUCUGUUUUACAAGAUCACCAAAGGAGAGUAUGAUCCCGUGGCUAACGUCUACUCCGACAGCAUCUCCUCUUUGAUCCAGAGCAUGCUCUGCCUCAACCCGGAGAACAGGCCGAGCGCCGCCUGUAUACUCAGCUGUGCCUAUGUGCAAGAUCACCUGGAGUCUCUCAGACAUACAGAGACCGACUGUGUCCCUGUGACUGAAUCUAAAGAGGAGAUCUGUGACACCAAUAUAGACGGAAAAACCACAGACAUAGACCCCGCACUGCGGUCAGAUGUUGACAGUCAGUCCCACUCAUGGGAAGAGAAAGAUACGGAGGCCAGUUCCAGUGAGGAAGAUCUCGAUGGUUUGUGCGUUGGAGGACAAAUCCACUGUGACUGCCACUAUCCUGAAGACUUUGAUGACGAUGAAAGUUUGUCCUCCCUCGAGGAGCACAGUGAACACUCUGGGUCCCCAAUGAGGAGCGACUCUGCAGAGCCAAUUGAACAAGUCGAGUAUCCAGAUGACUUUGAGGAAGUCGAGGUGGAAGAAGAAUACGAGGAUGAAGCUCCUCGGCGGCCACAUGAAGAUGUUCAGGAGGAGGAGUUUCAGCUCUGUGAUGCCGGAGGACUGACCAUCACCCUGAAAGCACUGAAAGAAAAGGGCUAAAAACACUGCAACGGACUGCAACAUGAAAUGUGAUAUAUGAACAUUUAAAGUGCCUUGUUUCUAUUUUAUGCAACUGCUAAACCUAAAGACUUUUAGGAUCCUGCUCUGUCUUACAGUAUAUUUACACACCAGAUGACAUCGUAGAGCGUUGCAAAACACUUGUAAAUAUUUCUGAAUGAGGUUUCUGAUUGGAAGAUUGGUGGUAAUGAUGAAUACAGAAUAAGUGACUUUUUUACACAGUAGAAUUAGUUUUUUAUUCUCCUGGUAAAGAUAACCGUAGCCAGGAUUUCUUAACUUGAUAUAACAUUUCAAAAUCUGAAUUCAUAUAUAUUACAUGUUGUAAUGCUUCAUACUGUAUGUAUUAUCUUCCUUUAACUUUAACUGUCUUUUUUUUUUUUUUGGUCUGUCGUGUUAUUACAAAAUAUGUUUAUCUUCAUCUCAAAAUGCGAUGAAAGUAUAUUCUGAAAGUGUGCUAUCAAAGGAAGUGUGGUCUACAGAGCUUGCCACAAGCAUGUCAUGAUAACACAACUAAUAACAAAACUAAAAUUAGAUAAAAUCAAGUGGAGGAACAUGCAUAAAUACAAAUUCGUACUGAGCCUUUUUUCAUGGGGCGGGUGCUCUACCAACUGAGAUAAACAACACCCUGUCUUCAGCCUUUUAAUGUAUUUAUGAAAAAUAUAUGAAGUGAGCUGGUAGCAACUACAGUUCUGAUGUAAAUCUUUGUUUUUUGUUAUAUUCUAUGGGCUGUAAUACGUGACUGACACAAAUAUUUCAGUCACAACUGAAAGCUGCCCAGUACAACCAGUUUGUUUUGUGUCUUUUUAUCACCUUUAUUUUUGAUCUCAGUAAUAUUCUGAAAUGGUUUUUUUUAAGUCAGACUGUGUGUUUGCGUCUUGUUUGGUUUUACUCAGUACCUUUCACCUAAAAUCUUAAU